CCAUUUUCUCUGCAUAGUGAUCUAUCGGCGCUCUCUCCUCUCUCAUGUGGGCACAGUAAGGCUCCCUAACACCACACCACAAAAGCUCUUUUACUUCCUCUCUCUUUCUCUGUCGAUAUUUUCCAUGGCGGCUUCCAUCGACAACCGUCAAUACGCUGGCCCUUUAAACGCCGUCGCUCAUUCCUUCAACGUCCCCCCUCAUUUUAACUUCCCUCCCAAGCCCGUGAGAUCCGAACCCUUGCUAAUGGACUUGGAUUCCUCCAGCGAAGAUGAGAACGACGCCGACGAGUUGAAAGACCUAAUACGAAAGGCUAACACCGAAGUGGAGGCGCCCAUCUUUGAUCCCCGCGAUGACGGAACCGCCGACUGCUGGAUCGAACGCAACGCUUCCUUGGUCCGCCUCACAGGGAAACACCCCUUCAACUCGGAGCCACCCCUCACCCGCCUCAUGCAUCACGGCUUCAUCACCCCCGUCCCACUCCACUAUGUCCGCAACCACGGCGCCGUCCCUAAUGCGCGCUGGGAUGACUGGACCAUCGAGGUUUGUGGCCUCGUGAAACGCCCCGCCCAAUUCACUAUGGACGAACUGGUCAACGAGUUCCCGAGCCGGGAGCUGCCGGUGACGCUGGUGUGCGCUGGGAAUAGGAGGAAAGAACAAAACAUGGUAAAACAGAGCAUCGGUUUUAACUGGGGCGCGGCCGCGGUUUCCACUGCGGUCUGGAGAGGGGUGCCGUUAAGGUACUUGCUCAAGAGGUGCGGGAUCUAUAGCCGGACGAAAGGGGCAUUACACGUGUGCUUCGAGGGAGCUGAGGAUCUGCCGGGUGGAGGUGGGUCCAAGUACGGCACAAGCAUCAAGAGAGAGAUAGCCAUGGAUCCGGCUCGCGACAUCAUCAUCGCAUAUAUGCAAAACGGAGAACAAUUGGCUCCGGAUCACGGGUUUCCGGUGAGGAUGAUCAUACCGGGUUUCAUUGGUGGCCGCAUGGUAAAGUGGCUCAAGCGUAUCAUUGUGACUCCACAAGAAUCGGGCAACUAUUACCAUUACAAGGACAACAGAGUACUUCCCUCCCACGUGGAUGCCGAGCUCGCCAACGCUGAAGCUUGGUGGUACAAGCCAGAGUACAUAAUCAACGAGCUCAACAUAAACUCUGUGAUAACCACGCCUUGUCACGAGGAGAUCUUGCCCAUAAACUCCUGGACUACUCAGAUGCCGUAUGUGCUGAGGGGCUAUGCAUAUUCUGGGGGCGGAAGAAAAGUGACACGUGUGGAGGUGACGUUGAACGGCGGGGAAACGUGGUUAGUGGCCACGUUGGAACACCCGGAGAAGCCGAACAAGUACGGCAAAUAUUGGUGCUGGUGUUUCUGGUCGCUGGAGGUGGAGGUGCUGGACCUUCUCGGAGCCAAGGAAAUCGCAGUGCGAGCAUGGGACGAGGCCCUCAACACCCAACCUGACAAGCUCAUUUGGAAUGUCAUGGGCAUGAUGAACAAUUGCUGGUUCAAAGUGAAAACCAAUGUGUGCAGGCCCCAUAAAGGGGAGAUUGGAAUUGUAUUUGAGCACCCGACCUUGCCGGGUAACCAAUCUGGUGGGUGGAUGACCAAGGAAAGACACCUUGAGCAAACGUCAGAGUCCAACCCCAGCCUCAAGAAGAGUGUCUCAACGCCCUUUAUGAACACAACUUCAAACAUGUACUCCAUCUUUGAAGUCAAAAGGCACACUUCCCCUGACUCUGCUUGGAUCAUCGUUCACGGCCAUGUCUAUGACUGCACUCGCUUCCUCAAAGAUCACCCCGGCGGCGCCGAUAGCAUCCUCAUCAACGCCGGCACCGACUGCACCGAAGAGUUCGAAGCCAUCCAUUCCGACAAAGCAAAGAAAAUGCUUGAGGACUACCGAAUUGGUGAGCUCAUGACUACCGGUUACGCCUCCCCCGACUCGUCGCCCAACACCUCCCUGCACGGCAAUGGCGAUAUCAGCCACUUAACCCCAAUCACGGAAACCCCACCAUUACGCAGCGUGGCCCUCAACCCACGUGAGAAAAUCCCAUGCAAGCUCGUCUCCAAAACGUCCAUCUCGCACGACGUGAGGCUUUUCCGUUUUUCGCUACCCUCCGAAGACCAAAUCAUGGGUCUGCCGGUGGGAAAGCACAUAUUCGUAUGUGCUACCAUUGAGGAUAAGCUGUGCAUGCGAGCUUACACUCCCACCACCAGCGUGGAGGAAGUGGGGUAUUUUGAUCUGGUGGUCAAGAUCUACUUCAAAGGGGUGCACCCCAAGUUCCCCAACGGCGGGCUCAUGUCUCAGCACUUGGACUCGCUUCCUAUCGGUUCUGUGGUGGAAGUAAAGGGUCCCCUCGGCCACAUAGAGUACACUGGAAGAGGUCAGUUUUUGGAUCACGGGAAGCCCAAGUUUGCGAAGAGGCUAGCCAUGUUGGCCGGUGGGACAGGUAUCACACCCGUCUAUCAGGUGGCGCAAGCCAUUCUGAAGGACCCAGAGGACCGAACCGAGAUGCAUGUUGUGUAUGCGAACCGGACGGAGGAUGAUAUUCUGCUGAGAGAAGAGCUCGACGAGUGGGCUAAGAAGGACGAGCGGUUCAAGGUGUGGUACGUGGUGCAAGAAAGCAAGAGUGAAGGGUGGGAAUAUAGUGUGGGUUUCAUCACGGAGGAUAUCCUGAGGGAGCAUGCCCCCAAGGCAUCAGAUGACACGCUGGCAUUAGCUUGCGGGCCACCACCCAUGAUUCAGUUUGCAGUGCAGCCGAAUUUGGAGAAACUGGGGUAUGACAUCAGCAACAACUUGCUUGUGUUUUAGAUAUCGAGGGGCCACGGACGGCGUAGGGUGUAUGUUGUAUAUGUGUGUAAUUGGAUCGAAUAAUGUUACUAUUAUUUUGUCCUAGAUUUUUUUUCCCCAUUUGAAAACAAAUCUAGAAAAAGUCGUAUGUGCAAAACCUUUGAUGGUUUUGCUGUCCCCUUGUAGGUAUAUAUAUACCAUUCACGUGUUUAUAUAACAAUGGAAGGGCCAAUUAGUUUUGCCCCGUUGGGUCCUAUUAA